CCUUAUUCUGCCUACUCUAGUCCAACCGCUGCCUCUCCCUCGCUUACCUCCCCUUACUACGCACGCACGCGCACCACCUUGCCGCCUCACAUGGUUUCGCCGCCCAUCCGAGCUCUUACCACACCAGACAGUCGGAUAUCAUGGCUCCUGGAACUAACGGGCGUGCUGUCCAGGUCGAGGACACCAAGAUCUGCGUGGUAAUGGUUGGUUUGCCCGCACGCGGGAAGAGCUACAUAGCACAGAAAGCCCAGAGGUAUCUCCAAUGGCUGUCCAUCGAUGCCAAGACCUUCAACGUCGGCAAUUAUCGGCGUCACAAAGCUCCUCAGCCCUCGGCCGACUUCUUUGAUAUUAACAAUGUUGAGGGGGAGCGACGGCGUCGCGACGCCGCGGAGACUGCCAUUGCCGAUAUGCUGAGCUGGUUUCGCGAGGGGGGCGUCAUCGGCAUCCUCGACGCGACCAAUUCGACCAAGGAGCGGCGAAAGUGGGUGUACGACGUGUGCGUCAGCCAGGGCAUUGAAGUGUUGUUUGUCGAGUCCAAGUGCGACGAUGAGAAGCUCAUAAUGGGUAACAUUCGUGACGUUAAGACGACGAGCCCCGACUACAAGGGACAGGACCCGGAGAUGGCCGCCCUCGACUUUCGCAAUCGGAUACGGAACUACGAGAAGGUCUACAAGACGAUCGACGGCGACGGCGACGAAAACCACUACACCUACCUCAAGAUCAUGGACGUGGGCAGCCAAGUCAUCAUCAAUCGGAUACAGGACUACCUGCAGAGCCGGGUAGUGUACUACUUGAUGAACCUGCACAUCCGUCCUAGGUCCGUCUGGCUCUCGCGGCACGGAGAGUCACUGUUCAAUCUGUAUGGGCGAAUUGGCGGUGAUGCGGAGCUGUCGCAACGGGGCCACCAGUACGCGAGGAAGCUCCCUGAGCUCGUCCGACAGUCAGUCGGUGACGACCGACCCCUCACAGUAUGGACUUCGACCCUGAAGCGCACCAUCCAGACGGCCCGAUUUCUCCCGGAGAACUACAACCAGCUGCAGUGGAAGGCGCUGGACGAGCUUGAUGCUGGCGUCUGCGACGGCAUGACGUACCAGGAGAUCAAGGAUGUUUACCCGGAAGAUUUCGUGGCGCGUGACGAGGACAAGUACAACUAUCGCUACCGCGGGGGCGAGUCGUAUCGGGAUGUCGUUAUCCGUCUCGAACCCAUCAUCAUGGAACUGGAGCGCUCCGAGGACAUCCUGAUCGUCACCCACCAAGCCAUCCUCCGCUGUAUCUAUGCCUACUUCAUGAAGAAGGACCAGGCGCGUAGUCCGUGGAUGAACGUCCCGCUGCACUGCCUCAUCAAGCUCACCCCACGCGCCUAUGGCACGGACGAGGAGCGGUAUCAAGCCGACAUACCUGCCGUUAGUACCUGGCGUGGGAAGGGCAGCACCGCGAAGCACGAGGAUCCCGUGCCAGAGGCGAAUCUCGGGUAUGCGCCGCCGCCGACCCACUGACGCAGCGACGUUGGCCCGCCUCGGUACCAAGCCGUUCUAACUGGGGAUUGGAACUCGGCUCGUUUUACCAAAUCCACGGGAGCCCCUUGCCGCACCCAGCAGCGUAUGGCAUAAGAAGACAAGGGGGGGUAAUGAAGGGUAUAACCAACCACGUCGGACUUCAUUCAUCUACGUAGAAGAUCCAACAAGCUAGCUCCGUGGGCGCAUGAACCAGGGAGUCGUG